AUGAAGCACGCCAAGGGAGUCGAAAAGAACUUCAUCGACCUGAAGGACACAAACGCAGUAGUGGAACAGACAGAAGAAAACGUGUUUCUGAUCCCAUUGAAGCAUAUGCGAGAUAGCCAAUUCGUGGGGACGCUCCUAGUUGGGGUUCCUCCACAAGAGAUCCAUCCCAUAUUCGACACGGGGAGCACAAAUCUUUGGGUAGUAACAACAGAUUGUGAAGAAAAUUCUUGUAAAAAAGUUAACAGGUAUAAUCCGUACAAAUCGAGAACAUUUAGGAGAUCCUUUAUAGGGAAAAAUCUACACAUCGUUUUCGGAUCGGGUUCUAUUUCUGGAUCUAUUGGGAAAGAAACGUUCGUUUUGGGAGACCACACAGUACGGAAUCAGACAUUUGGAUUAGUGGAGAGUGAAUCAAACGACAGCCUAAAUGGAGAUAACAUUUUUGACUAUAUCGAUUUUGAGGGCAUUGUAGGGUUAGGAUUCCCAGAAAUGUUAUCAGCAGGAAAGGUCUCCUUCUUUGACAACUUAUUAAAUCAGAAUAAAAAUUUAUCCCCCCAAUUCUCCUUUUAUAUCUCACCUGAUGAUAAUACAUCUACGUUCAUAGUGGGUGGUUUGAGUAAAUCAUUUUACGAAGGGAAUAUCUACAUGCUUCCUGUGGUUAAGGAGUAUUACUGGGAAGUAGAAUUGGAUGGAAUAUACGUGGGGGAGAAGAAAAUUUGUUGUGAGGAGAAGAGCUAUGCAAUUUUCGACACAGGGACUUCGUAUAACACUAUGCCGAGUGCACAGAUAAAGGAAUUUUUUGAUGUAGUUCCUUCUGUCCCGUGUACAGAAGAGAAUUACCAAGAUGUGCUCAAGAAUUAUCCUGUGAUUAAGUAUGUGUUUGGUGACUUGGUCAUAGAGUUGAUGCCUGAGGAGUACAUGAUUUUAAAUGAGGAGAAUUGCAUCCCGGCGUACAUGCAAAUUGACGUACCUUCGGAGAAGAACCAUGCGUACCUGCUCGGAAGCAUUGCCUUCAUGCGGCACUACUACACGGUGUUCGUGCGCGGCAUGGGCGGCAAGCCCUCCAUGGUGGGCAUCGCCAAGGCCAAGCCGGCCGCGGUGGCGGCGGCGAAGUGA